ACAUCCCUGUACUGAAGGAAAAACCACCCUUAACAUUGCCUACUAUCAAUUAUCCUCCCAAUUGUCAGUCACACUUCAUAAGGCGUCUUCAAAGGCAGAAAAAUAAUUUCAGCACAAUUAAACUGCAAAAUAUUGUACAAAAAUUGUUAAAAAUAGAAUAUUUUAUUAUUAAAGUGGUAUUAAAGCUACUCUGUAGUUAAAAUGUUAAAAGGGCAUCAUAAAAAUAAGUGAAAAGUACGGUUUUUCACAUUUUCCAACGCAAAGGCGAUACGAUGAAGUGGUCGUGCAUUGUGCAAAAGGGGGCGCAACUAACAGAAAACACCAGAAGCCAUUUGGCGCUGGGUGUGGGGAGCAGUGCGCCUAUUAGUGUUAAGCUUAAGAGGAAAUGUGGCAAAAGCGGCAAUUUCGCUGUGGGCCACUUUAUCGAUGCUUGUUGUUUUUUUAUUCGGACUUUUGUUUUGCUCGCGGUGGCUGCGGUAUUUUUGUUUACAAUCGACAGCGUCAAUGCCGCCGCUACUUCCUCGAAAACGCCACACGAAGGAGAUAGUGGGACAACAGCGGGAGGGCGACAUCAACAUCAGCACGCUGCCGUGAAUGCCGCUGGAUUGCACGAAUACGAGCACGAGGAGAAGGGCUAUUGUGCGCCAUACAAUGGUAUAAUUUGUAAGCAAUAUAUAAGCGGACAGGUAUGGUAUAGUCGUGAAGAUCCGACGGGCGGCUGGAAGAAUGAGCAAAUUACAACCGCAUUGUGGGAAGAAUUAAUUGCCGACUUGACGGGAUUAUGCCGACAAGCGGCAGAGAAAAUGCUGUGCGCCUACGCAUUCCCGCAUUGUCAGAGGGAAAAUGGACGUACAAUAAAAGUGCCGUUAUGCUAUGAGGAUUGCACAGCGACACAUCUACAAUUCUGCUACAACGAUUGGGUGUUGAUUGAGGAGAAGAAGGAGCGUAAUAUAUUUCUGAAGAGUCGCUUGCAUUUCCGUUUACCCAACUGUAGCGUACUACCAAGACACAAUGCCACCGCAAAGAAACCGAAUUGCUCGUACAUUGGAUUAACGGAGCUCAAAGAAGAUGAAGUAAGCUACGAUUGUCGCAAUGGCAACGGCCGUUACUAUCUCGGCACGGUAAAUGUAACGAAAACGGGUUUGCCAUGUCAACGCUGGGACGUACAACAUCCGCACAAACAUAUCCAACCGCCACAGGUGUUUCCACAAAUAGCUAAUGGUGAAAAUUUCUGCCGUAAUGCCGGUGGCGAAGAACCCUAUCCAUGGUGUUACACGCUCGAUGAGUCCGUCCGUUGGCAGCACUGCGAUAUACCACUCUGCCCUGACUAUAUUGAUCUCACUGCCAAAGAUUUGAAUACACCCAUAAAAAUGGAAACUUUUUUCACCCCAUCCAUGAUCUUCCUACUUGCCGGCAUCGGUUUCGUUGGCAUUGUGGCGCUACAUUUGAUUAUUUUACUAGUACACAAGAUAUCCAAGCACAAAGAAUUUUCGUCGCAACAACAACGCCAACCAGUACCAACUUCCGAGUGCAAUGUUUCGGUGCGCGGCGGCGGCGAUUGCAAUUUGACAGAGAGCAGAGAAACUUUAGGUUCGAACAAUGCGGUGGCCAUAAGCAACAAGUGUGGCACAAUUAAAAGUACAGCAACAGUACACAGUGUAGCCGAGCCCAAAACAAAUUUAAACACCAAAUUGGAGAAAUUGGAAUAUCCGCGCGGCGAUAUCGUCUAUGUGCGUUCGUUGGGGCAAGGUGCUUUCGGUAGGGUGUUUCAGGCUAAAGCACCUGGUCUUGUGCCCGGCAACGAUGACUAUCUGGUCGCCGUGAAAAUGCUGAAAGACGACGCCAGCGAUCAAAUGCAGAUGGAUUUCGAACGUGAGGCCUGCCUCUUGGCUGAAUUCGACCACGCCAAUAUUGUUAAGCUGCUCGGCGUAUGCGCUUUGGGGCGACCCAUGUGUCUGCUCUUCGAAUUCAUGUCACCGGGUGAUUUAAGUGAAUUUUUACGCGCCUGUUCACCCUAUGCCACGCAUCAAAUACAACAACGCAAUCGUCAGGAAUUGAAUGAGGGUCACUUACUGCAGAUAGCGGCACAAAUUGCUGCCGGUAUGGUUUACUUGUCCGAACGUAAGUUUGUACAUCGCGAUUUGGCCACACGCAACUGUCUAAUCAACGAACAAAUGGAAGUGAAAAUUGCCGAUUUCGGUUUAUCACAUAAAAUAUACUUGCAAGACUACUAUAAGGGUGAUGAGAAUGAUGUUAUACCGAUACGUUGGAUGCCACUCGAAAGUAUAUUGUACAACAAAUUCUCCAUUGAAUCGGAUGUCUGGGCAUAUGGCAUAUGCUUGUGGGAGAUAUUCUCGUUCGCAUUGCAACCCUACUUUGGGCUGACACACGAAGAGGUGAUUAAGUUCAUCAAAGAAGGCAACGUGCUGAGCUGUCCGGACAAUACACCGCUAUCGGUGUAUGCUUUAAUGCGUCGUUGUUGGAAUCGUAAACCAAAUGAACGUCCCAGUUUUGCGGAAAUCAAUCAUUGUAUUCAACACAGUUUGGUGGAGUACGAGUGCAAAACGAUGAUGUAGAGCGCGUGUGGUGGAGAAAAAAAGUGAAGUGCUAUUGAAACAGCAGCUGUACUUACUUUCAACUGGCCAUAUACAUACAUACAUCCAUUCAUAUACAUAUAUACAAAGAAAUAUUUUAGUAUAAGUGCAACAAGAAAAACACUUCCGUUCGAAAAUACUCAGCAAUGGUUGGUUUAAAAAUUAAGUUCAUAAGACAUAGCAAUAGUUUUGCACAUAAAAAAUUGUGUAACAACAACAAUAAGCACAAAUUAUGCAUUUAUAUGGAGCUAAUAUAUAAUAAUAUUUACAAACGA